AUGGAAAAUAUUGAGACAGCAGACAUAAAGAGAAGCAAUGAUCAAGAUAUCAAGCAAGAAAAAAACCAAAUAAAAGCAUUAAGAAUAAAAACUGAUGAUAUCUUAUCGAUUGAGCUUGCACUAAAUGAAGUAAACCAAAAAGCUCAAAACUCUCUUAAAAUUCAAUUUUACGAGGACAAAAAUCCAAUUAUUGAAGAAUUAGAAAAACUUAAAGAAGAAUUAGAAAAAGAAUUUAAAAAUACAAGUUCUUCCUAUCAAAAUGAUCCAAUAUUAAUAGAUUUACUGCAAGCAAAUGAGGAAGCUAUGAGUGCUUAUUUGGAAUAUGCUGAAGUGUAUAGCCCGUUUCGGCUAUAGAUCGGGCUAUGCCCGAUCUUUGGCGGGAAACUCGGGGGGUUGUCUGCGUCACUUCGAGGUGACGAGUCAAAUCCCCGGCAAAGAUUGGGCAUAGCCCGAUCUAUAACCGGGAACGGGCUAUAUGCUAGUUUUUCUAGUAGACUUAAAGCGGCCAUAGAAGCUCUAAUUUCUGAAUCAUCUUCUCCAUAUAUCUAUCAAGACCCAAAAUUCCUUUGUUCUAUGAGCAGUCAAAUGAAUAAAACUGAACUUGUUGUAUACGACAUAGAAAAAUCUCAGCAAGAAAAAAUAAACAUUUAUUUAUCUGAGUUUUUAACCAAUGAUGAAGUCAACGUUGUUCAACUCCCCAACAAUGAGCUAUUUUGUAUCGGAAAAAAGAAGGAUCUUGGCUAUGCUUUUAUAACUGAUUUAAAUUCAUAUGAAAUCAAGCGAAUUUUACCACCUACUACUUAUAAUAAUAGAUCAGGAAUAUUUUAUUAUCAGCAAAAUAUUUAUAUAUUUGGUGGAGCUAAGAAUAAGAUUUAA